AUGCUCCGCGCCGCCGCUGCCGCCUUUGGGCUCGCCCAUCGGCCCGUCGCCGUCGUCGGUCGCGACGCCGAGCUCUCCGUCCUGGCUGACGUUCUCUCUCUGGGCUUCGCCGAUGGCACCGCCCACGGCCUUUUCCUCUCGGGAAACCCCGGGACGGGCAAGACCCUCUGUCUGCGCCACGUCUGCAGGCUCUCCCCGUCCCUCCAGGGUGCCCUGCAAAUCUGGAUUAACGCAGCCUUGCUGGCUCGUCCGGAACAGGUCUACCAGGAGCUCCACUGUAGAAUCUUCUCCCAGUCUCGCCGAAUGGCUCCCCUGCGCGCCAAGAAAGCCCUCGAGGCCCACUUCCAACGGCAACCGCAGACAAAGCGAAACACUCUCAUCGUUAUCGACGAGGUUGACCAUCUUCAGUCUAAAAAUGACCAGAUCUUUUACUUUCUGUACAACACGCUACUUACGGCACCGCACCCACUGCUCUUUGUGUCAAUAGCCAAUUCCCUGUACUUUCCCUACACUGACAGGAUAGCCUCACGCCUUUCCGGGAUCACCAAGUUGGAGUUCCCCGCGUACAGCCCUGAAACCUUCACCUCCAUUAUUAAGGCGCGUAUACAGGAGCUCUCGGCUGAGUAUACAGAGGUGAAUCAACUUUUCCAAAACGACGCCGUUCUGAAGCUCUUGGUCGGAAGAGUUUUGCACCGCGGAGGAGAUAUACGAACAGCCUUGCAAUUCACCUUUAGAACGAUUGCUCGUACUGUGGCAGAGGGGCUAACCACUAUCCCUUUACGAAUAGUUGAUCAAAUAACCUGCGCUGACCUCAGUGAGAGCGCUUUGUGCGCCACUGAAUUAACAAAACUAGAACAUGCUAUACUAAAAACCACUGCCCGAGACAACACUACCAUCGGAAGCAUCAUAGAGCUAGGACAUGGUGGCCUUGGAAUUCAACAGCCCUUGUGUACUAACGAACCUCCAAGUCUUAACUUGAUAGAAAGGGCAAUUUCACGCCUCUGCACAUCGGGCCUCAUCUUGCGGGAGCCCUCUGCAGAUGGCUAUAAUCACCUCACGGAGUCGGAUGAACUGUACAAAAGUACGGACAAGCUUUACAUUAACGUUGUGCUAGACUAA